CAUGGCUGAUGGUGGUGGAUGGAUAAAGUUGUCUGUGUGGUUGUUAGCAGUUCUUGUCACGAUGUGCAAAGCAAGUAACCCCAAAACAUCGACGGUGGCUGCAAUACUGUCUACACACGCGGGUAGUAGAGAUGCCAGCGGCACCCUCACAGUGACUGUUUACGAAAACACCUCAAUCCGACUUAUCGGCACUAACUUCACCAAUUCCACAGAGAUUUCAUUCACAACAGAAGAAAUUCGACCGGAUAAACUGCUACCUGCGGAGGGGUACACGUGUGAAAACUCUAAAAAGACGAAGUCUUUUAGCGUCAGUAGAUUGAUAUCGGAUACAGUUGCAGAAUUUAAUAUUUCGUUAGAAGGCGUAAAUACAGACCGAAAUGAAAAAUAUUAUUACUUGUGUUUGAAAGAAGAGUCGCAUUGGACUAAACAGGGCAACGAUCCUUGGCUACGACUUGCGGUCAAAGCCAAAGAGAAAAAAUAUUUCCUCCUACCGUUAUGGCUCCAAAUAGUUAGCUUAACUAUUUUAUUGUGUCUCUCUGGUCUUUUCAGUGGACUGAAUCUUGGCUUGAUGGCUUUGGAUAAAACUGAACUUAAAAUUAUUGAAAAGUGUGGUUCUCCAAAUGAGAAAAAAUAUGCGCGUGUCAUUGUUCCAUUGAGGAAACGAGGUAAUUUCUUGUUGUGUACAUUGUUGUUAGGUAACGUGCUGGUAAACAAUACCUUGACAAUUCUUAUGGAUGAUCUCUCCAAUGGACUUAUUGCUGUCAUAAUGUCCACAAUUGCAAUUGUCAUUUUUGGAGAAAUUAUCCCACAGGCAAUUUGUUCAAGACAUGGGCUAGCAAUUGGUGCAAGGACUAGAUGGAUCACACUGUUUUUCAUGAUAGUCACUUUCCCAUUAUCAUUCCCAAUCAGUCUUCUUCUUGAUAAAGUUCUUGGUGAGGAAAUUGGUCAAGUUUACAACAAAGAAAAGUUACAAGAGUUGAUACGAAUGACUGCUGAUUCGAAAGUUAUUCAGAAUGAGGAAGCUAAUAUUAUUGCAGGAGCAUUGCAACUUUCUAACAAAAAGGUGGACGAUGUGAUGACUAAAAUUGAAGAUGUGUACAUGUUGGAUAUUAACACCGUUUUGGAUUUUGACACAAUGUCUGAGAUCAUGAAUCAUGGUUACACAAGAAUACCUGUUUUUGAUGGAGAGAAAAGUCACAUUGUGAACCUGCUGAACACGAAGGAUUUGACUUUAAUUGAUCCUGAUGACAAGACUCCUCUGGGAACAGUGUGUAAAUUCUACGAUCAUCGGCCCUUAUUUGUUGACAGUGACAUCAAACUUGACUCCAUGCUGCAAGACUUUCUCCAAGGAAACUCCCAUAUGGCCAUAGUACAGUACCUACGCAACGAGGGAGAUGUCGACCCUUGGUAUCAGAUUCUUGGGGUCGUGACCUUGGAGGACGUCAUCGAGGAAAUCAUCCAAUCAGAGAUCAUAGAUGAGACUGAUAUUCUCACUGACAACCGUAAGAAGAAACCGCGGAGGCGGGAAAAGCAGGACUACAGUGUAUUCAGCGGACCAGAGGAGGAGAACUUCACCAAACUCUCCCCCCAGUUGGCACUGGCAGCCUUCCAGUUUCUGUGGACCAGUGUGGAGCCUUUCUCCGAAGACAACUUGACUCGCAACGUCCUCAAGCGCCUCCUUCAACAGAACAUUGUCGUGAACCUUACUUUCACAGAAGAUGAUAGUGAGAAGAACUAUUUGUACAGGGCUGGGAUUGAGUGUGACUACUUCAUCCUCAUCCUUCAAGGCCAUGCUGACGUGUACGUGGGGAAGGAGAGCGUGGCAUUUGAAGCGGGACCAUUCAGCUACUUUGGCAGCGGAGCACUCAUCUUUAAAGAGAGACAGCUGGCGCCGCCUGUCCAGGAGAGUGUUGACUGCAAGAAGGAGCCGUACACCCCGGACUUCACCAUCAAGGCCAAGUCCUUUGUGCAGUACCUGCGUAUCCGACGCAGUCACUACAUCGCUGCCAGGCACACGUCGAUGAUGGUGCGAAAGCAGCAUGAGUAUGUCCAGAAUGAAGAGGAACACUUCAAGAAGGAAUGGCACAAGGCGCUCAAUUCCUCUCAAAUGAGUCGCAACAACAGCAGCGUGACCUUCAGUGAUAUCUUGGACAAGAAGGACUCUGUUGAAGGCCUCCAUCACAAGGCCUCAACGCCGGACAUGCCUACCGUUGAGAUCAUAAAUGCCUCCAGUAGCGAAGCAGAAAAGAAGGCGUCAAAAGCUCAACUUGAGGACUGGUCCGAGGAUGCAGCCAAUUCGGAUGAUGUCAUGUUGAAGAAAGUCAAGGAAGGGGACGUGAAUGCAGAUGGAGAUUCUGUUAAAGAGGAGACAACUCCAGCUGACUUUGAUGAAGAGAAGACUCCACUAGUUGGACAUGGAGACCAGAGGGAAGCCAAGCGUUCUCCCAAGCGUUCUCCCAAGUUAUAGCAGUAGCUGCACCCGACAGGGGCAGAUAACUCUUACAGUAUUUAUUUGAUUAAACACCAUUUGGAAGUGGACAAUACCAAGCACUGUAGAACUCUCACCAACAAGACUCUAGUCUUUCUUUGCUGAAGCACUGUAGAAAUGCAACACUAGCUUCACAUGUGUCAGUAGAGUACAUUUAGUUAAUGUUAUUCUGGUCUCUAAUACUGAUUAAUGAAUGAAGGACACACAAUGCUGUGGAGGUCCUCGAGACUCCCUACUGGAAAGUUCAUUACCCAUACAGGGACACAUUUCUAAUCUUUCGCUAAAAUGUGCUGACAUAAUUACCGAGCCUCUCUCUAAGUACUACCUCUCCCUGAUUACCACCCCUCCCUUAUGACAGCCCCACCCUAAUGACUGCCUUCAUUACCACUAAACUUAAAUAGACCUAACCCCACCAACAAUAGCUCAAAAUUGGCUCUUAACAUCACUUCAAUUAGAUUUUAAUGUUAUUGUAUGGAAUAUUAUUAGCUGAGCUUACCGGACGGAACAGAAAUUUUACUUGACUUUGGCUUCGGACUAGUAGCUAAAGAUGCAGACUGCACUAAUCAUGUUGAGUAGUAUAACAAAAGUUUGCAUUUCUAUUAGGCUUCAGUAAAUUCUGCAUGUUGAACAUCUGUAUAUGUAGGUUUUGGUAACGAUUGUGCUGAGAAACCGUCAACUAUCAGCUCGUAAACCAUGCUUCACAGUUUGAUAUUGUUAGUAUUUAGCCUGGCUUUGGCUCCAAUGUUCACACCAUCAUGUACUCCACACCAAGCAACAUUUGCUUUAGAUGUGAACAAUUUGUCAUAGUUUACACAGGAUAUCAGGAGACUGGUGUCCUUGACCUUGAUUGGAUGUGUUUGACGUGACAUUCCAUAAAGAUCAACAAGCUUGAAAUUGGGUCCACAACAAAUUAAUGACUUGUUCCCUGGAAUUGACUUCAACCUCUAAAACAUGGUAAGAUAUUUGAUGGAGAUUCUUCUAUCUCAGACAGGGUGUGUCUCAAGACAUGCCAAGGCUGCCAACAUGAUGGAAUAUUUUAAAGAAUUCCACCUGCCUUUAGACUGUAAGACAAUUUUAUAAUCUGAAAUAAUGUUAUUCAUUAUUUUUUUCAAAUUAUUAUCAUCCCCUUGUCAAGAUAAUUGGACAAACAUGAAGUUAAUUUGUUGUGGCCUUACUCAGAAUAAUGAGAAAUUGAUUGAAUAUUUUGUACAAUUUAGAUUACCUUCAAUUUGUUAUCUACCAUAUUCAGAACAAAUCUAUAUCUUACCUCAUAGCAGAUAUUUGCAGUUUCAACCUUUAUCAUAUUGAUGUUUUGCAAAAAAUUAUAUUAGAAGCUGUUUUGUUACUUAUCUUUUGAACAAAUAGGUCUUUCACAUCUGUGAACAUCUGCACAUGAAAUAUUGUUCUCUUUGUCCUGAAAAAUGAAAGUAUUCCAUCUUUGAUUUUUUGGAGAAAAUAAGUUGUGAUUUCUAUCUUAAUUCACCAGUGGUUUAGUGAUGUUAGUAAUGUUAUUGAGAGAAGCAGACCUAAAAUCAGUUCUGGGACGUUGGCAAGUUCACCUGAGCAAGAAGCAACUGAAAAGCAAAUAGAGGGUAGAGGAUUAAUAUGCAUAUAUAGGUACUAGGCAGUUACAUAGCAAAGGGGUGGAUGUCAAGGGUAGACUUGGGGAAUGCCUUGAGGGUACACAAUUAUAGAAUAAACUUGGGAGGGUCAAGAAAAAAAGAUAUGUUUCAAGGGUCUUUAUGAAAUAUUGGUAUGUAUACUGUUGAGAUGUUUUAAUAGAUAUAAGAAUUUUGUCCAAAGGAAACUUAUGUGACCAAAACAAACAGAAGGGGCCUAAACAAAUUUUGAAGGGAAAAAGAGACUAAGGGUCGCAUCUUUAACGCUCGAUGUAAGAAUUUGCAUUUUAAGCUGAACACUUAGGUUAUAAAUGUUGAGAAUUUUUAUCAAUUUCUUCUUGGGGAGUGACAGAAUAACUGAGAGCAUUGCUACCAAAUACUGGACCUCUGUUGAACAGGUGACAACCUUCUCAUGUAAAAUGAGUUGUGAGGAAGACAUGAUUGAUGUUACUGUAUGUUGAGGCUGUUGAGCCAUGAACAUUAUAAUGAAUUUGGCUUCUUCUUGGAGCUUCCUGCGGAAAAAGAAGCUUAAAUAUGAUGGAAAUAAUUUACUACUGUGCGUGGAGUUUAAUCAAAUAGAUGGACCAGUGUAUAUUGUCUGUGAUUUGUGUGACAGAAAAGAGUUUUAGAUUGAAUGAAUAAUUAUUACAUGACACAAUGUAUUUCAUUUUACAGUUCUUAGGAAAGCUGUUCUUUUUCUUCAUAUAGACUCUGUAGUAUAUUAUUUGGGGAGGUGCGUGUGUGUUAUGGGACAUCUAGUGGUACAAGACACAGGAACUUCUUAUGCAGAGUUAUCUCCCUUGGUUGGCUGGAUGUCAGGACUACGGAUUUGUAUCCCUGAUUGUCCCUCAUACCUGUGAUAGGGCAACUUGGCAACUUGCUUCAUUGAGUGUCCUUGUACCUUGAUGGCAUGGAUUGUUGCUCAUAAUAUCAAUCACUUGCUUAUUUACAGGCUGCCGACACCUAGCUGGAGUAUUACUGAGAGCGGCAUUAAAAUACUCAAACAAACAAACAAACAAACAAACAAAUCUUUCCGAAACAAACAAACAAACAAACAAAUCCUUCCGAAUAUGACACACUCUCUGGAACAUCAAGAUAGGAAACCAAGAACAAUUUUCAGGUUUCAUGAAACCACAAGGGAAUUUUUAAAUAGUGACUUUCAUUACAUUUAACAGUUUAUGAUUGUUUGAAAUAAUUACAUUGAUGAAAUAGUCAAGGAUGAGAAUGGAGGACAUGCGACCCUUGUGAAAUAUUACUCUCAUUAUUUCUGAUCAGCAUGUUUUGAUUGGUUUAGUUUCAUUCAGAAGGCCUGGAUGUUGUUUGAUGCCAUAAUAUAUAUCAUCAUAUCCCCGAAGAAGACUAGCAGAUAUAUACCAUUUUGGUUUACAAACAAACUAUAUAUACUCUUUUGUUAGUUCAUGUUUAUUAGUAGAAACCCGUGAAGAUCCGGAUUAGAAUAGAUCUCUAGCAACCCACGCUUGACGUAAACGGCAACCAUGCUUGUCAUACGAGGCGACCAUGCUUGUGAGAAGAUGCGACUAAAGAGACUGCUUGGUCAGGCUCACUGACUUGGUUGAUGCAUGUCAUCGUAUCCCAAUUUCGUAUACCCAUGCUCAUGAUGUCAAUCACUGGAUUGUCUGGUCCAUACUCGAUUAUUUACAGACUGCUGUCAUACAGCUGGAAUAUUGGUAAGUGCGGCAUUAAAUUACAAUCAACAUCAACUUAUUUUUAGGGGCUUCAGUAUCUUUUUGACUUCAGGAGACAUCUGAACAAAGCCCCACUUGGGUAGAUUCUACAGAUUUAUUUGUUUUGAUCGUAGUUUAUUCCUUGAUAGGGCAUUAAUUACUGGUGAGUACGAGUGUUGUGUUGUGUGGUUAAAUGAAGCAGAACAAAGUCAAUGACGUGAUUUCUGUAUGCGUCUGGAUAUAUAACACUUAUCACGUAUAAAAUGCCAAAUGAUGUCAUAGUUUACAACUUGUUCUUUAUAACUCCUCCCCUUAAUAUUGUUGUUAGAAACUUUACCCUUUUUGAAUUUGAUGAAAUAUAAGCACUUUUGAGGAUGACUUGUCAUUUCUGGCAGCAUAUUGGUAACUCAUUGUAAAAUUUACAUAUGUAUGUUACUGUUAAUGUGAAGAUUGUACAGAAUGCAUGUACCUCCUGUUGUGUGUCGGUAUUCCCAGCUUCAGGAAGAUGGCUGGUUGAUACAGGUAAGGGAGAUAACUCCUUCAGACUUAAAUGGUUUCUUUAAGGGAAGUUGAUACAUGUGUACGUUUUGUUUCUCUUUGCACUCACUCACCUGCUCACUCAUUCAGUCUCUCGUUCUCUCCCUCGCUCUCUCCCUCCUACAAUAGUUGAAUCAGGUCAGAUCAGUUUUGUUGGGGUAGCCUUCUGGUUUGCCGGUCAUGCUGUAGGUCUGGGUUUGAUUCCCCACAUGGUGCAGUGAAAUUCUCCUUGUGUCCCCCACCUUUAUAACACUAGAAUAUUGGUAACAGCACCGUUACGCUCACACAGUUAUGUCCAAGUGACGAACCAGGACGAUACUAUUUUGUCAGAAUGACGAACCAGGACGAUUCUUCGACAUAGGUUUUUAGCCUGAGGAAGCCAAGGUGGCAGUUUCAUAUUGAUUGUAUGUUAUCUACUAAGAAUGAUUUGAGAAAUAGACUAAGUGUUACAGUAACACUGGAAAAGAAAUGGAUAAUUUGAGUGACAAGGAAUUGGUUGGCAAUACCUUGAGGCUUUAUAUUAUCUGCAAUUUACAUAGGACAAAUGUUAGGAUUAAGUGCACAAGCUUGUCCAGUUGGAGGUGCAGGAAUGAUGCCUCUGUUCAAUUUGUUUGUAUUUAUGAAAUUGUUUUAAGAUUUUAGAAUAGCACAUCUAUAAUAAAUUUUAAUUGGCCUGGCUGUUAGGUACAAGAUAACGUGGUACAUUCCUUCUCCUGUAUAUGUGCUGACUGCUUACUAGGUACGGCUGCUGAUGGACACAUCUGACCUGGUGUGAAUCCGAUUCUUUUUCCAUUCCAGAGUGAAUUUCCUUGUCGGGAUGAUUGUUCUGGGUGUCAUGGCCAUGGCAUGAAUAUUGUGUGCAUUUAGAAUACACUUAAGCCGUUUCAGAUCAUUCUGUUGCAUUCAGUUCAAACCAUCCUUCAUUAUAAAAUCUGUCUUGAGGUGACAGAAAAACUAGGAAGAGAUACCUCAUGCUAGUCCUUAUUUCAGUACAUUAAUGCAUUCAGACGCGGAUCCAGAGGGGGGUCG